AUGGAUGAAUAUGAUGAGGAAUAAUUUGAGCAUUCAGAGUGUAUAGAUGAAAAUAAUGAAUUUAUGAACUUAUAAUAAGAGUAAUAGGGGAAGGUAGAGGGGGAAUUGGAACAAUGUGAAACCUGUUAAAGAAAAUUUCAUAUGGAGAGGAUUGGAAAACAUAGAUAAGUAUGUUAGAAGGCUUAAUAAAAAUAAAUGGAAAGAGAAAAGCUUAUAAAACGUAAAUAAUAAUAGAAAGGUGAAUAAUAAUAGAAAUUGGAUGCUAUGGAGCAACAAAUGAAAAAUAAAACAGUUAAUAAUUGGAGAGAAUAACAUAAAUAAUUUUAAGAGAUGAUUCAUUGCAAUAAAAAAGAAAAAGAGGUAGUACAUUGAAUGAAUUAAUGAGGUUCAAAAUUAAGGUGGUGAGGAGAGAACCAUAAAAACUCCAGAAUUAAUAGAGAAUUCAUAAUAUGUGUUUUGUGAAUAUUGCAAACGUAGUUUUGAUAGAUGUAUUAAUUAAUACAAAUAUUAAUAGAUGUUGCUGAGAGACAUAUUCCUAAAUGUAAAGAAAUUAAAGCUAAACCUAAGCCUCCAAUAAAAAAUUAAUAAUAAGAAAUGAAAAGAACUACAUAGUUAAGCACUGCAUCUACUACAAAUUAGAAUGAAAAUAUUGAUCAAACAAAGCAAUCUUUUCGUGCUUAAAGUUUGAUGAAAACAGCUUAAGGUUAGAAAAGAAAACUACCAGAAUUAAAGAAAGCUAUCUAUACAGGAUUUGGUAAUAAAAUAAAAUGAUUAUAUUAGGAUUUAUGGACUGUUAAACAAGGGCAAUUGCUUUGUCAGAUACAGAAUGUCCACAUUGUCUUCGUAAAUUUAAUUAAAAAGCUGCACUUCGUCAUAUUCCUAUUUGUGAAAAAUUGACGAAUAAAGAAUAAUUUAGUAAAAUUAUUUUAUGUCAAACCAAGAACUAAAAUUAAAAAAUUAGGAUAAAUUACUAAAACCAAAGAAAUUAGAACCUGUUUUACCUGCUAUAAUCACUUAAUAGCCAUAAAUGAAAAAGAUUUUAAAGGAGAAAGAUAUAUAAUUGUAAAGCUAAUUGAAAUUUUGUACUUAAUGUGGUAACAAGAUGUAAUUAGGACAUAAAUAUUGUGGGGGAUGUGGUCAUAAGAGAGAAAUUGAAUAAUGA